AUGUCUGCCUCACCAGAAGUACCGGCAUCUUUCCUGCAGGAGCGCACCUCUUGCUCGCCCAGCUCUACUCCGUCAAGCCUUGAGACGGAAGCCAAGCAUGACAGCGACAGCCAGAAAGACCAGGCGGAAAAGAAUGAAGAAACUCAAAUCGAAGAAACAGAAACCCUCGCACCCAGGUCGCAACCUGAUGAACCUGAACAAGAUGAACUGAAAUCUGCACCACCACUCCCCGAUGAAGCUCCGCCACCACUUCCCGCCGAGGCUCCGCCCGCAAAGCCCGAGGACGAUGGGUGGGAACCUGCAUGGGAUGCCACUGCAGGGGCAUAUUACUUUUAUAACCGCUUCACUGGAGUUUCACAGUGGGAAAACCCCCGCGUCCCAGAGGUCCCAGCGGCACCCGGCACAGAAGAUAGCCACCCAAGCGCAGCUCCAAAAAAGGAACCUGUACUUGGGGGCUACAAUCCCGCGAUCCACGGGAACUAUGACCCCACCGCAUCGUAUGCGCAAUAUCACGAAGAGCCAGCACAACCCACGACCGCAGUCAGCUUCGAUCCCGCCGCAGCCUAUGCAGCCACUGGCACAUUCAACCGCUUCACUGGACGGUGGCAAGCCGAGGCAAUUAAUCCAGAAAAUCACAAUGAUGAGAACAAGUCUCGACGACAGAUGAAUGCCUUCUUCGACGUUGACGCUGCGGCAAAUAGUCAUGACGGUCGGAGCUUGCGCGCGGAGCGCAGUGCUAAGAAAUUGACGAAGCAAGAGUUGAAAAAGUUCAAGGAGAAGCGUCGUGAAAAGAAAGAGGAGAAGAGGCGGGCAUGGCUAAGGGAUUAG